GUGUAAAAAAAAAAAAGAGAAAAAACUCGCUUGACUGCUUGACCUGCUGACCGCGGGCAGUAAUACUCUCUUUCAGUCCUCAAUCGCGUUUCCUCUCUCUUAUUGUCAUUUCUAGCAAUGCCCGACCCUGACUCGAAACCCGACCCGGAAAACCAACACCCCGACAAUGCCUAUGAAUUCGACGAAGACGAAGAUGACGAUGGCGACGAAGACGACGACGUUGAAGAAGAUGAAGAAGACGCUGAAGGCGACGACGUCUCGUUCGAACCCGCCACGCCCCGAGCGGUGAAGCUGAAAAUGGACGCUCUAGUCAGACGUAUGUUAAUUGGACCCGUUUCAAUCCACGUCCACGAUGUGAUCAUCAAGGGGAACACGAAGACCAAAGGUUACAUAAUCGAAGCCGAAGCGUCAGAAGCUUUGAAGAAAGCCACCACGAUGCAGGAGCUGUUGCGAGCAUCGAACGCGGUCAAUUCACGGCUGAAAUCGCUCGGACUAUUUGAUUCCGUUAUGAUCACGCUCGAUUCAGGCCCGCCGGAGAUCCCUGGAAGCGCCAAUGUCAUUAUUGAGGUUCAGGAAGCUGGGAAUCGGUUUUCGGGAGAGAUUGGAGCUUAUACAAAAGCUGAGGCUAAAUCUUCAUCAGUGGAAGGAUCAAUCAAGUACAAGAAUUUGUUAGGGUAUGGGGAUCUGUGGGAUGGUUCAAUUGCAUAUGGUUUUGACCACUCAGCGGAGGUAAGUGCUGGUGUAUAUUUGCCCAGAUUGAAAGCAUUGGUAGCUCCUAUGACUGCUCGUGCAUACUUGUUGACCCAAGAUUGGCUGAACUUUUCUUCUUACAAAGAGCGAUCCAUUGGACUUUCUCUUGGCUUAUUUUCGAAUAGAUAUCAUAACUUGGACUACCAUCUUGCAUUGCGUAACUUAGCAGAUCCAUCUCAAAUGUCAAGCUCAUCCGUAAGGAGGCAGCUUCGACAUAACUUACUUUCAUCUUUGAAGUACACGUUGAAAAUUGACAGGAGAAAUUCUCUCGUGAGGCCAACUCGAGGAUAUGCUUUUGUUUCUAAAACUCAGAUUGGUGGCCUUGCACCUGAUAGUCAUAGUUUACGAUUCUUGCGCCAGGAGUUCGAUCUUCAAUGUGCUAUUCCUCUUGGAUUUUAUCAUGCAGCACUUAAUUUUGGGAUUUCUAGUGGUGUUAUAUUUCCUUGGGGGAAUGGGUUCUUGAACAUGACAACAUCCCCAUCAGAAAGAUUCUUCUUAGGUGGCAAUCUAUCUCCAGUUUGUGCUUUAGGAGGUCCAAAAGCAUUAUGGGGAUUUAAGACAAGGGGAUUGGGCUCCUGUGAGCCUCUAAGGCAAAUCAAUGAUGAGAAUGCUGAUGCUGCUGGGAAGGAUUUUCAUGGAGGAGACCUUGCUGUUACUGCUCUGGCUGACCUUUCUUUUGAUCUUCCAUCUAGGUGGUUUAGAGAAAGGGGAAUCCAUGCACAUAUCUUUGCAUGUGCUGGAAAUGUUGCAAAGUUAACAGCGAUUGAGUACCAAAGUUUCUUGGUUCGGAAGUUCAUAGAGUCAUUCAGAAGUUCUGUUGGAGUUGGCAUUGUCAUCCCUACAAGUCUAUUUCGCAUGGAGCUUAAUUACUGCUACAUACUGAAGAAGUUUGAUCAGGACCAUGCAAAGGCUGGCUUUUGGCUAACCUUCUCUCGCCCAUCAUAGAAUGUUGAAUUCUUUGACAAUGUUUGGCAUCUAGCAACAUUGGCAUGACAUUGAAACCUGUCGUUUCAAGCAAUCGAGUAUUUUGGAUACCUUGGCAGUUCUUUUCAUCAGUGUUGAUAUGGCUCUUUUCACCUAAAAAAUAGUGGGAAAAUAAUUGGAUUUCCAUUAUGUUUAUGGUGACAGUACACAAUGCUUUUUUUUUUCGAAAGAAUAUCACUCACAAUUAUUGCAAUACCUUUUGUAGUCGGUAUUAAAUGACCAAAAUCUGUCGUUUAACAGUGGAUACAA